AUGUACAAUACUAAUACCGACAUAUGGGCUGCAGGUGCAUUCGCCGCCGUUGUCGUCGACUUCAUCGUCUACCCGGUCGACACCCUCAAGACACGCAUCCAAUCUGCAAACUACGAGAAGCAAUUCAAAGAUGCACAAACCGGCGCGCUUAAACGGAAUGUAUUAUUCAAAGGCUUAUACCAAGGCGUGUGGAGUGUCGUCUUUUCAACCAUCCCAUCCUCCGGCGCCUUCUUCACAACCUAUGAGGCCGUCAAAUCCGCUCUACAUAAGACAUCCACCGGGGCUAACUCAUCACACCCAACCGCGCAAUCUAAGAGACUGCCACUCCACUCACUCCCCACCCCAAUCAUGCACGCCAUCGCCUCUUCCUCCGCGGAAGCAGUCUCCUGCCUAAUCCUAACACCAGCAGAAGUCAUCAAGCAAAAUGCGCAGAUGAUCCCAUCAGAUAAUACGCCUAAGCUCAACAUGCCAAGAAAAACACCCAUCGUGCAAGUUCUAUCUCAGUUCAAGUCCCAGCCCUGGAGGCUCUGGAGCGGCUACUCCGCUCUUCUCGGCCGUAACCUCCCCACUACAGGGAUCCAGUUCCCGCUCUUUGAGUACGUGCGUGCGCGCAUGGUAGAGUGGCGGAGACGGCGCAGAGAGGAACGGGGCAUUCGAUGGACGGGGCAGCGGGAGGUGCUGGUUGAACGGGCUGGGUUGACGGGGCUCUCGGCGGGGAUGGCGGGGGCUGUUGCUGCGUCGGUGACAACUCCGAUUGAUGUGGUGAAGACGCGGAUGAUGCUCUCUGCGAGUGGGUCUACUGGAGGUAAGGGUGGCGAGAUGAGGAGAGGAGGCACGGGGAAGGGGCGUUUGCGGUUGGAAGGGAUAUUUUCCGUGCGGAAGGGCCUUGGGGUCUUCGACAUCUGCGGGUGGCUCAGCACGGGAGCGACGGCGUUUCGCUCUGGCAGCAGCUUCUUCUUCUUCUCGCAGACGACGGCGUUCCCUUCGUUCAGCUGCCUUAGCUUCGGCAGCGGCUUCGGCCUCACGGGCUGCUUGUUCUUCUUUCAGGCGACGCUCUUCGCGGGCAGCGCGACGGACGCGUCGUCUCUCUUCUUCCUCAUCUUUGAGCUUUUGUUGUUGAUCUUUGAUCUUCUGUUCACGGGCCCUCUCUUUCUCUUUGCGCCUGGCGCGGCGCUCUUCUGCUUCGCCUCGUCGGGCAGCUCGUCGGAUCUCAGCAUCCUCGGCCUCGGUUUCACCCGCCCCGGCACCAGCAGCGUCAGUUGUGAAUCCUUCACCGUCAGUGUCGGGUUUGACGGAGCGCCGACGGCGUUCACGAUCAUCACGUCGGAUUUUGCGGUCUUCGCGCUCUGUCUCAGUCAUUCUUCUUGA